CAUCAUGAGGGAUGAUGAUCUAAGAAAAACGUCACACUGUUUGGAACUGGAAAAUGUGGCUUUUGUGCAAAUUUUUAAUUUUGCAAAUGCCUGAACUCAGCGGUAACACGCACCACACUCCCCAAGUUUUAAGAUUUUUUUCAACUAAAGUGGUGUGACGUUAUUGAACGUGAUACAUAGACUUAUUACAUUGUGGCGGACAGGCAGAGGGGAAGUCAAUAGAAGGAUAGAAUGAAAAGAACAGGCAGUGAGAAAGUGAGGUAUGGUGUCAAUGAGGGCAGCUGGUGGUGCAGCCUCCAGCCAGACAAGGCUGAAAUCUGAGACUUGCACAACCACAGAGCCGGGCGGAGGGAGGGGGCAGAAAGAAAGAAACACAAGUGAGAGAAAGGGAGAGAAUGUCCAUCGAGGAGAAAGAAGGCAAAAUAUGCAGGCUCGAGGCAGAGCAAGCAUGUGAGGAAGUGUGGGGCAGAGAAAGGAAAAUGGAGAAAUACUGACAUGAAAGAUGAAGUGUAGUAGGGCAAAUAAAAUUUGUAAGAAUUGAGUCAAUGUCUGUGUAAAAGAAAAAAUGAUGUGUCGUGGAGAAGAAGGGGUUAUGUGUUUGGUUAGGGAGCUGCCAAGAGAGAAAGGGGAAGGGUGUGAGUGAGCAUGCUCUGUUUGGACUGACAUUGGAUGCCGGCUUAGCUCUUCUCCGUCUUGCACAGAAACACACCCAGCAGCAGUGACACCUACCACACUCCAGGGGACUGAAAGAACAUGGCUUGAAUAAAAGAACACAGAGGAGAAAAAGCCAGAGGGAGAGUUACUUUGUUCGGGACUUUCCCUCCUUUUCCUCUCUUGCGAGUUACAGACCUCUCCUCUUCUACCGGGAAAGCAAGAGAGAGCGGGGCUUUGUUUUCCAAUCAGUAAAGGAUUAUUCUUCCAGCAACUCUUAACACCAUACAAGAUUUGUUUUUCAUGGCAACCAGCUUGUCUUUUGCCGUGGGAAUUGUGCUUUUGUGCUUCAAACCUGCAAGUUUGGAAAAUUAGUUUUGGAAGAGGAUGUACCUUUUUAAAGCUGCAGUAGUACAGCACCAAACAGUCCCUGAAGAUCUGGCACCAGGGAAAACAAAGGUGGAACUUGUAAAAGGAUAAUUAUCCAGAGUUGGAGGCAAUCUACUGUGACUAUCUCAUGUUUUAGUUCCUAGUGGCUGAUUAGGAGGAGCCAGGGAGCGGCAGAUUGACCACACACUGACAUACUGCUAACACACUGCUGACUACAUUUGCAAGGCUUGAGUGUAACAGAGAGCAAAUCACUGAGUUUGUCUGUUUCUUUGUGCUGCCGCAAAAGCACCUAGCAACCUGCUUGGUGUUCGUUCUUUUUUGGUAUUCAGUUUGGCCUGAUAGGCAGGUCUGAUGGAUGCCUGUUUUGCUUGCUGUUCCAGUGACUGAAGAAUUUUAUUUUGUACUUUCCACGGACAUAGACAGACACUCUGCUGUCCUCCUCUUGUCCCCUCCCCUUGAGGAUUGUUAUGUUUGCGGGUAUUAGGCAUCUCAGUUUGCCCUUGUCUGGACACAGCCCUCAUUCUUUCAUUCCAGCUUUCCCUGGACCCUCAUGAGCUUAUGCUUCCAAAGUGGGAGACCGGGAGGGAGAAAUGUGAUCCUCUGUUUUGCGGUGUGUUUUGGGCAGCAGCAACAGUGUGGUUUCCAUGGAAAAGGCCAGAGAAAUAUGGCGUUGAGGGGCUGCGUGAAUGCUCUACCCCUAUGUCUCUGGUCCAAGUGAAAUCAAAGCCAGCUAGCGUAGCACUGCAAGCUCCGCCCUGGAAUUCCUUGUUCAGACUCUUCUCAUGUGUAGCCACAAGGAGCGUGCACAGGACUAAAGAGGUCCCCACAUUUCAAGAGAAGACGAAGGCCUUAUUUGGAAAUCUUAUGGACGAAGAAAUGAGUCGCCAGACUGCCACCGCGCUGCCCACAGGAACCUCCAAGUGCCCCCCCUCCCAGCGCGUGCCCACCCUGUCAGGCACCACUGCCUCCAACAGCGACCUGGCCAGCCUGUUCGAGUGCCCUGUCUGCUUCGACUAUGUCCUACCCCCUAUCCUGCAGUGCCAGUCUGGACACCUGGUAUGUUCCAACUGCCGGCCCAAGCUCACCUGCUGCCCCACCUGCCGAGGCCCUCUGGGCUCCAUCAGGAACCUGGCCAUGGAGAAGGUGGCUAACUCUGUCCUCUUCCCCUGCAAGUACGCCUCAUCGGGCUGCGAAGUCACGCUGCCUCACACUGACAAGACGGAGCACGAAGAGCUGUGCGAGUUUCGGCCGUACUCCUGCCCCUGCCCUGGCGCCUCCUGCAAGUGGCAGGGCUCCCUGGAUGCUGUCAUGCCUCACCUGAUGCACCAGCACAAGUCCAUCACCACACUGCAGGGGGAGGACAUCGUGUUCCUGGCCACAGACAUCAACCUCCCGGGCGCGGUGGACUGGGUAAUGAUGCAGUCCUGCUUCGGCUUCCACUUCAUGCUGGUGCUGGAGAAGCAGGAGAAGUAUGACGGCCACCAGCAGUUCUUCGCCAUCGUGCAGCUCAUCGGGACCCGCAAGCAGGCCGAGAACUUCGCCUACCGGCUGGAGCUCAACGGGCACCGGCGCCGCCUCACCUGGGAGGCCACGCCGCGCUCCAUCCACGAGGGCAUCGCCACGGCCAUCAUGAACAGCGACUGCCUAGUGUUCGACACGUCCAUCGCACAGCUGUUUGCGGAGAACGGCAACUUGGGCAUCAACGUCACCAUCUCCAUGUGCUAAGAACUUUGAAGAGAAGAGGGUCAAAAAGUUACAGAUUGUCAGGGGGCAUUUUUUAAGGGGGUCAAAUCGGUUGUGACCUCACAGCGCUAACCCCCUUUCUGCCUCACCCCUUGAGACGUGGAACUGGACUGUCUGAUCAGGCAGCCGCGGAGGCCCAGGGGGUGGGAUGGAUGAAUGGAUGGAUGGAUGAAUAAAACAAGGACAUGACUGUGUAGUGAUGGCUAUAGACUUCUUAACAAACACACAAACAUAUGUGAGACUCUUGCACGCACAUGCAGUCUCGCCCUCUCUUGGUCAUAAAACAAGGACAUAAACUGAAAAGCUGUUCAGUCAAACUCGCUUGUCAAACUCCCGUCUCAUCAAGUGAUUUUUCCCACCGCUCUUAUUUUAGUGUCUCUCUUUCUUCUCUUCCCCUCCGUCAUCCUCAGACAUUUCAGACACUACAGCUCUGCGACCUUCACCCAGAGACGCUGGAGGCCAGUCAUCACUGAGCAGCCCUGCGCCCUGACAGCCACACACUGAGGAGGGCUCAAGCUAUAUUUCAAUAUGGACUCCCGGUCAGUGCUAGUCAGCUAUCUAGCCCCACCCACCCCCAACCCCCCGAUUCCCUGCUGUUUGUAUUCCACCUCAGUACCACUCAGACCUCCUGGAUUGAACGGUUCACACGCUACCGACACUCGUAGGGCUCCAACCGUGGCUGGCUUUCACCUCAGCGGGCGUCUUCAUGUAUUAGCUAGCUCAGAGUGGAACCCAAAGCUCAUGAAGUUCUGUGUCGCAGAUUUGGGUAUUUAGCUUCACCUGUGACUGACUUUGCUAUCGAUGGCUGGGACUGGAACCGCCGCCCACAGACAUGGACGGCUGUAGCACCCAUAACCAUUGACAUCAAGUUAUGUCCAAGACAGCAGUCGGUCUACACAACAUCAGGCUCAUCUGGUUUCCUUCCGGCCCACAUCUGGUCAACCCGAAGCUAAAGAUUGUGCAUUGGACACUCUUUAAAUAGUUGACUGUCGUUGUUGAUAGUUCUUAGAACAGACUCUGCUCUCAUACUGUAUGGAUUUAAGAAGGCCCUCAGCUACAUCAGCCCUGGAUUUUUUUUAUUAUUAUUAUUUUCAUGGAAUGGACACCACAGUGGAGUUCUCACACACACAAAACACACACCUGUUCCUUGCAUUACAGGCCAUGUGUGCAGGUGUACUAGCGAAUGAGUUGAGUGCGUGUCGGAGCAUCUUUGACCGAGGAUUAGAGGGGUCUUUUUGUUGUUUUUCAGAACGAGGAAGAAAAAAAAACACUGCAUUUCAGUUGAGUCACAGUUUUCUUUUGGGGUUUAUUUUAUAAGUCUGUUUCUUUUUAAUUAUUUUAGUUGUCUUUUUUUUGUAUGAGAGGAGCAAAGAACUCCUGAUGUGUGUGUGUGUGUGUGUGUGUGUAUGUGUGUGUAUAUGUGUGUGUGUACGAGAUGGACAUGUGGCAAAAAUUCUGCUCACUUUCUCCCUUCUCUCUCCGCUCUUCUUUGAAUUCUUCUCUGCCUCCAUGUCGCUCUGUCUGCCAGUGUCAGCCUCAACCACUGAUUGACUGAUCACCCAACCAGGAAUGAGGGACAGUUUCUACCGUUACAAUGUUGCUAUUGUUAUUAUUAAAUGGAGAUUAUCAUAAUUAUCAUUUUUUGUAAUGACUUUUAAAAACAAAAAUUAAAAGGCAGUUGUAAAACUUGUGGCUAAACUUCAGUGUUUGUAGUUAAAAAGCAAGUUGUGUCGUUCUUCUGAAGGUUUGUUUCCACCACCCUCACCCCCACCCCCCCCGACCCCCCCACCCUCGAGUUGAAUUGUUUUUCCUCAUCUAUUUGUCUCUCCGUCCCCUUGUUUGUGUGGUAAGUCUUUUUCUUUUUCUUUUUCUUUUUGUCUGUGAGGAGGGAGGGAGGUCAAGCCAAUCAUCUCUCCCUUCCUCUUCAUGUGGAGUCUCAGUAAUGUUGCUGCUCUCCCUCAACUCCUUGACUUUUUUUCUGUUUUAAUUUGUCAUUAAAUAAAUCUAUCUUUUUCAUA